UCAAUCAAUCACUUUAAAUGACUUAUUUCUGUCUAUUACAUGACCGCUAUCAAUCAAGUGUGCGUAUUGUUUUAACAGUCCUUUUCCUAACCACAAAACUGGGGGGGGUGUUCACUAAUUCUUUGGUUCAGUUGUUUGGUAGUGCGCCCAAUAUAGUUUUCUCCAUUGGAGCAAUUGAAUUCGUAGAUACACAUAGAAUCGGCAUAACCAGGUAACUUAUCCUUUAGUUAAGGAAUCACCAUAAAUUGGGUCGAAUAAGAUAGACAGAAGUUGGCUGUAUUAAACGUUCUCUUCACUGCUCUAGUCAGUCUAUCACGUAGUACAUCACAAGUUACAUCUCCAUUCAAUUGCAACUUCAGGAAGAGAGGUUUCCUGCUAACCGUUGAUAUCGCUAUUUUCUUGUUUGUUACACGGCAAGUGUUUCUUCAGGAAACCUUGUGGAUAAUCCAUCUCAUAAACUGCCUUUAUUGAACUGAGAAGAAUCUAAUGGAAAACAAUAUUGUUCUCAUACAUAUAUGUUGCACUAAAUAGAUAACUAACAUGACCAUAAUGCAUAAACAAUUUAAAAAAUACAAUUAUUUCAAUAGUUGAGAUCAUGAGUCAAUUAAAGCUAGACAACUAUGGAAAACCUGGGAGCACUGGACGACCGUUUCAUCCAAUUGUGGAACUCCUCAGCAGAGUACAUUCACGACCUCGCCUCAUGAGAUUCAAACCCAAGACCUAUCAGAUUCGCGCGCGAGCCUUUAACCACUAGACCAGAAUUACUACAUGAUAAGUCGUGUAAGUCGAACGCUAUAUACGAUUCCUAAGCUAUUCCGAUAACCCGCAGUCUAGAACUACACAGCGACUUGAACUCCAGAGAGAAGACACAAGAAUGAGAGAAAGCACUUUAUUCCAAGGUUCAUUUUUGUACAGAAAAUCAUGGGUAUUUAUAGAUUUUGGCGUCUGUUAAAUCAACAUCAUUUUACAGCCAAUCCGAUAACAACACAUUAUGCUACCGACCAACAGUAGCACGCCACGUUGGAAUUCUAGAACGUUCCAUCACACUCUGAUUGGCCAGGACUCUUCGGCUCCUUGUGGGCCUCUGGAGGCUCCGUUGAAGUUCUCCGGAAGCCGACCCAACACCUACCCCGAAUAAGGUUUCUUUCUGGGGUCCACUUGUAGUUUGAUAACUGGAUUGCGACGGCGUCCCAUUGUUCUUGUCGUCUUUCUUGUCCAAGACUUCUUUUCAGUGUUCCUGGGCGUUUGUGGCAUUGGUGCGUCUAAGAUUAAAUCUAACGGGAAAGUCGGCCGGUUACUUCGAGUCUGCACUGUCCUUUUGUCCUUAAGGAUUUGAUUUGUAUGACGUAUACAUGUCCCAAAAGCUCCUCGAACUUUGUACAGUACUCUUCCCAGUUUUUGCACCACUUCGCCCGGCUCCCAUCGGUUCUUCCCCAUGUAGGAUUUGAUGUAGACUUUGUCGCCAAUACUGAAGUUCCGGAUACUUGGAUCGCGACUACGCUCAUCCACUAGUUUGGAUGGCAACAUGGCAUCGAAGACUGCUCGAAUACGCCUUCCAAACAUGGCUUCCGCGGGAGAUUUGCCGUCUUGAACAUUUGGGUUUGGGGUGGAUCUGUAUGAUGUUAAAAAUUUUGUGAUCACCUGCUCAGUCGUCCCUUCUCCUCCCCCUUUCAGUAAUGCUCGUUUAAAAGUGUCCACAAAGCGCUCUGCUUGUCCGUUUGAUUGUGGAUGAUAGGGUGGAGAACGAAGAUGAUUUAUUCCGUUUGUUCUACAGAAAUGUUUAAACGAUUCUGCGGCAAACUGAGAGCCGUUAUCCGUCACUAAGGUCUCUGGUACUCCGAAACUGCUAAAUAAGGUAGACAACUUGCGGAUCGUUUCUGACGUUGUACAAUUUGGCAUGAUGUAUACUUCCGGCCAUUUAGUGAAUGCAUCUACGAUAAUUAGAAACAUUUUCCCCUGGAUUGGACCGGCAAAGUCUGCAUGUAACCUCUCCCAGGGACUAUUCGGCUUUUCCCAUUGUUGCGGUUCACACUUGCUUGGACUUUUGGCUGCUUGUAGGCAUGAUGAACAAUUGCGGCAUCUGUUUUCGAUAUCUUGGUCCAUUGUAGGCCAGUAUGCGUAGCUUCCAGCCAAUGCUUUCAUCUUAUUGAUACCAGGAUGACCGCUAUGGAAUUGUUUCAGAACCUUGUAGCGUAGUACUUUUGGAACAAUAAUUCUGUCGCCAAACAUAAUACAUGAGUCGACCAUCAUAAGUGAGUCCCGUCGGCGAAAAUAUUGUAGCAUUUCUCCUUGAAAACGACGGUUCGGCCACUUGGUGAGAAGAUAACCACUAACCUCUCUUAAAGUCUUGUCAUUUUCGGUGGCAUCUUUGAUGGCCUUGAAAGUAACCGGUAAACCAUCAACUGCGUCUUCCAAAACUCGAUGUACUUCUGUUUCCGUCUCGAUUGCUGCCACCAAAGUGUCUUCUUUCUGCUUUACUUGUGAACCAAUCAGUCUGGAUAAAGCGUCAGCUUGUCCAAAAUCAGUAGUGGGCUGAUACUUGAUCUUGAAGUCAUAACCCAAGAGUGUAGUCCCCCAACGUUGCAAUCUGUUUGCGGUGUAAACAGGUAUACCUUUCUUCGACUCAAAGAUGGCUAGUAACGGUUUAUGGUCAGUUAAUAGGGUGAACUGACGUCCAAAUAUCAUCUUGUGAAAUUUCUUGACAGCGAAGAUAAUCGACAACGCUUCCUUCUCGAUCUGACUAUAGUUACGUUCUGCUGAUGUUAACGAUCUAGCCGCAUGUGAUAUCGCUUUCUCGGAUCCAUCUGGCAUGAUGUGAGAAAUAACUGCUCCAAUGCCGUAGUGUGAUGCGUCUGAUGCCACUACAAUGGGUAGGGAUGGAUCGUAAUGGGUGAGCAGCAGAUCCGAGACUAGUACUUUCUUGAUUUCAUCGAAAAAGGUUUGGCAAGUUGCAGACCAACUCCAUUUUACAUUCUUCACCAGGUUAUUCAGGGGGGCACGUAAUUGAUGAAGGUUUGGGAUAAAAGCUCCAUAAUGGCUAACUAGUCCCAAGAAGGAUCGUAGUGUGGUGACAUCCGUCGGUCUGGGCAUAGUUUUCACUGCCAGUGUAUUCUCCGGAUCUGGUCUUCUUCCAUCUUUGUCGAUUAUAAACCCAAGGUAACGUACUUUUUGCAUACAGAAGUCACAUUUCUCUGGACGAAGUCGAAGUCCAUAUUCGGCUAUUCGUGUCAGCACCUGGUCAAGCUUCUUUUCUAAGUCUACUCUAUCUACUCCCAUAAUUAUUAUAUCAUCUAAGUAAGCUGCAGCACCUGAAACAUCUUGUAGCAUAGUAUCCAUUAUUUGCUGAAAUAUGGAUGGGGCCGUCUUGACUCCGAAGGGUAAUCGAUUAUACCGGAAUAGACCCUUGUGUGUGUUUAUGGUAAGCAGGUUUUUAGACUCGUCAGCAACAGGGAUUUGUAAAUAAGCUUCUGAUAAGUCCAACUUUGCAAAAAGCUUACCUCCGUUCAGUUUAGCAAAAAGAUCUUCAGGUAGGGGUAAUGGAUACUGAUGAGUUUCUAAGGCUUCAUUCAACCCGGUUGAGUAAUCGGCACAUAAACGAACGCUACCAUUAGUCUUCUUUACUACUACUAUCGGUGCGGCCCAUUCUGAGAAAUUCACUGGUUCAAUGACACCUAAUUUCUGAAGUCGUUCUAGUUCUUGUUCAACCACUGGUAGAUCAGCAUAUGGUACGGGUCUCCUUGGUCGAAAAACGGGAGUAGCUGCAGGCUUUAGAGUUAACAGUGCUUUGGCUUUCGUACAUUCUCCCAAUCCUUCUCUAAACACGUUUUGAUGUCUUUGUAGCAUGGCGUUUUUCUGAUUCCAUUCUGGGGUGUUGUCUGUACUUACUCGUCUGCAGAUACUGUUGAUAGAAUGAUCUGCUAGUUUAAGUGUUUCUAUAAGGUCCAACCCCAUUAAGUCUAGUGAUGGCUUCUUAGUAAGAUACAAUGUUGCAUUUUUUGUUACCGUACCUUUAGAAACAGUGCAUGGCACUUCUCCAACAAUAUUCAACUUCCCCCCAGAUGCACUGUGUGCCAACUGUGUUGUUGGGAAAACUGCGGGUCUCCCAAUGUUCUUCCACGUUUCUGGGCUCAUUAAUGUAAUAUCAGAAGCUGUGUCCAGCUGAAGGCGGGUACGGUGUUUAUUAAUAUCCAAGGUUACGUACUUUCUUCGGCGGCAACUUCGUGCCGUGAUAUGUGAUACCAAUAUCUUAUUUGUUGGAGCACUAUAUCUAUAUUUCUUUGAGUCGUCAAUACACAAUUGUAGUUAUAGUAACGGGCUGACCUUGAUAAACGUAUUAACCAAUCAGAGUGAAGUAGUCUUGUUUUUUUGUACAUUGAGUCAUUGAUUAAAACAAAUUAUAUAUAUAUCUGGAUAUGUUGUACAAUAUUUAAAAUAUGGUAUCCAUUUGAUAAUUUACAUAUUGUAUCAUGUCUAUUACACAUGAAAAUUUAGAUUAUUCAGGAAAUUGUAAUGAUUAUAAUAAUGAUAAUGAUGAUGAUGAUGAUGAUGAUGAUCGAGAUCAUGAUCAUAAUGAUCAUAUAGAAAGAAAUAAUUUAAUCAAUGGAUAUACUACUGAUGAAAUUAAUUAUGAACAAAUGAAAAAAUGUUAUAAUUCAACUAAUCAAUUAUAUAAUAUGGAACCAGAAUUAAUUGGAUUUGUACAAAAACAUAAUGUAGUUAUGGAUGAUGGAGCAGUUAUUAAUAAAAUGGCAUUAUUAAAACAAACUAUAUUAAGUAAAAAAAAUCAAAAGAGAUUUCAACCACCUAAAGGUUUAAGUAUGAAAAUGUUUAUUAUUUUAAUCAUUUUAACUAUUGUAUUAAUACCAUUAAUUAUAAUUGGAAUAAUUAUUGGAAUUAUUUAUAUAUAUAAAACAAAUAUACCAAAUUUACCAUAUGCAUUACCAUGGUGGCGUCGUUCAUUAAUAUAUCAAAUAAAUAUUGAAACAUGGGCAAAUGAUGUACAAGGACCAAUUGGUCGAUUACAAGAUAUAAUACCACGUAUUGAUUAUUUAGUGAAUCAAGUUGGUGUUACAAGUGUAUUACUUACAAAUUUAUUAAAUUCUGAUAUUAAUGGUAUUAUUGAUUGGGAAACAAUUAAUCAAUCGAUUGAUCCAACCGAAGAAGGAUUUAAUCACUACUUACCACAAAUAAUAAAAAAAUCGAAACAACAAAAAAUCUCCAUUUUACUUGGUUUAUCAAUGUAUACAACAAGUAAUAGACAUGAAUGGUUUCGUUUAAGUCAAUCAAGUAAUAAUAAUAAUAAUAAUGUUUAUAGUACAUUUUAUAUAUGGACUAAUAAUGAACCUUUAACUGAUCAACAAAAACGACAUUAUGCCUAUGAUUCUAUUCGUCGAGCAUACUAUCGACAUGUACAUGGUAAUCCAAAUAGUCCAUUAUUGAAUUUAAGUAAUCCUAAUGUACAAAUAAAAAUGAUUGAAGUUAUUAAAUUUUGGAAACAAAAACUUGAAAUUAAAGGUGUUAUGAUAAUGAAUUCAAGUAAUUUACUUGAAGAAAUGGUUCCCGGUAUUAGAAAAAUCUUGAACACAGACACUGAUGAUGAAUUCAUAUGGUUUGCUGAUGAACCGAAAAUUGAUGCCAUGGUAAAUAUGGAACAGAAAGUUUGUUUACAUACACUUACAAUAAAUAUUCGUGUACCAACAAGAAGUGAUGACAUAGAUUCACAAAUUCGACAAGCUAUGAAUAAUACACAAUUAAGAAAAUGUAGUCCAAUCUGGUUAGUUCAUCAAUUAAGUGAAGAUAAUAAAGAUUUUGAAACUAUUCAAAAAUUAGCAUAUUUUCUACCAGGUAGUUAUUUAAUGUUAGCUGGACAAGAAGUUGAUUUGACUAAUGGUAAUCAACAAUUGAUCAAAUGGUCAUAUGAAAAUUAUUUAGAUUAUAAUACUUAUUGGCCAAUUAAUAUAAAUUUAAUCAAUAAUGGUAAACAACGUUUAUAUCAUUGGAAAUUAUUUAUAAAAAAAUCUUAUAGUAUUACAUUAUUAAAUACCCCUAGUGAUAAAAAUCAAUUAAUCAGUUAUAUUCCUAAAACAACUUAUAAUUUAUUGAUUAUUUAUCGUCAUUAUAUUAAUACAAUUUAUCGUAUUUAUUUUAUAGUUAGUUUUCAAACUUUAAAUACUAUCAUAUCAUUUCAAUCCAUAUUUUAUGAUAUAAGUAGUUUAUCUCAAUUAAAAGUAGUAUAUGAUUCAAAAAAUUUAUAUUAUAAUAAAAAACAAUUAAAUAAUGAAUUAUUAGUUAAUAAUCAAGUUUUAUUACUUUAUUAUUAUUAAUAAUAAUUAUACUAUUAUUAUUAUUAUUACUAAUACUACUACUAUUACUAUUACUGUAACUAUUACCAUUACUAUUACUACUACUAUUACUAUUACUACUAUUAAUACUAUUGUUACCACUACUACUACUACUACUACUACUACUACUACUACUAAUACUACUACUACUACUACUAAUAAUAAUAAUAAUAAUAAUAAUAAUAAUAUUAGUAGUACCAAUCAUUCAAUUCACGAUCGUUUAUGAACUAAUGAUACACGAUUAUUCAAUGAAUCUCCUUUUUUUAUUUAUUAAGAAAGUGAAUUUUAUGAAGAUUAUAGCAUUAUUGAAAAUGUAAAAGCAUUGGAUGAUCAUCUCAUCUUUAAUAUGUGAUACUUUAACAGUACACAUUCAUGAUCUCAUUUGUAGGAUUCAAAUGUGAAAACUUUAGAUUGGUUGAGUUUUAAAGGUGCUAGCUUAGUCGAUCAGAGGUUAAAUGUUCAUAGACGAGAUCGAAAGUGUUAGGUUCUUAUCUUGAGAGUAAGAUUAUAAGUGCUCACUACUGAAGAAGUCUCACAUUAGGACGAAAUGGUUGUCCAAUGCUUUCAGGCUUUUUUUUUUAAAAAAUGAUGAUCUAGUUUUAAUUGACUCAUGAAUUCAACUAUUAAUCUUCCUUUCAAUAUUUUGUAAUCUCUUCCUUUUUUUAAUUUCUUAGUUUAUGAAUCUAAUUUCAUUGAAAUUGUACAAAUAUGAUUCUUUAUGUAAAUAGAUCAUUUAUAAAAUAAAAUAAAUAAAAAACUAUCAUAUUCAUGAGUUUUUAUUUAUUAUUAUUUAUUUGAACACAUAGAUAUUGGUACAAGGAGGCACCAAAUACAUAUGCGCCGCACAAAUCUCAUCUGAUAUGUGUGAAGGCUGUGAUACUGUCCGGGUGCCUGAACCGAAGUAGGUGGUUUUCUUAGGAGGCCACUGCCCGAACCUUUGACCUGAAGGUCUAAUCCAUAAAGCAAUGGAGCAACGUAAGGAGAUGCAGUUCCAUGGUAGCUGGUGAACAACGAUUGGUCCAUACGCCAUUUGUUCCUUCAGGAUACUGGAGCCAACCCAUGGGCAGCAUUGGUUUGAAAUCCGGUUAAACCGCCGGACAUUCGCUUUUCGUCUUCUCAUUUUCGUAAACAACACCCCCGCCACGAGAAGGCAAUGAGUAGAACUUCCCUGGGAGAGGCUAUAUACGCGUGGCCAUGCGAGAGCAUUGAGAGAGGGAGAGCGGACUUUUUCCACUCUCGGCCGUACCAGGGCAUUCGGAGGCAUAUGAAUGAGUGAUUAUUCGUGAAUACUACCUUUGUUAAGUCUUCUAAUUGAAUGGUUGAUUUGGUUUCCCUAAGAUCUAGUAAACCUAAGAUUACAUCUAAACAGCGUAGGCCGCCCACCAGCAUUCGCUAUCCAACCGUGUCAUAAGCAAUCAUUUAUACUGGUUUCCAAUUGUUACUCAAUCUUUUCAUAUCUGCUUCCAAUUCUUCGCACAGUGUGUCCUUUGGUCUUCCUUAUUUCCGUUUCCAUUCAAGAUUCUUUGUAAGCGCUUGUCUCAUGGUGCAGUUUGACGAUUUUCUCAAUCUAUGUCCUAUUCACUUCCAAUGUCUUUUCCUUUCAAACUGGAGAUUAGUUUACCCUCUCGCAUAGUAGACAGUUGAUGAUGUUAUCCAGUCAUCGGACAUCGAGUAUUUUGCAUAGACAACUAUUCAUAAAUACCUGUACCCUUUUGAUGAUGGUUGUGGUAGUUCUCCAGAUUUCAGCUCUGUACUAUAGAACUAACUGUCUUGAUGUUCAUAUUGAAAAUUGUGACUUUGAUAUUGGUUGAAGGUUGUUUUGAGUUGCAUAUAUUCUUCAACUGUAGGAAUGCUGUUGUUUCAUUGCCAAUCCUCACCUUUACGUCUACAUCGGAUCCUCGACGUUCAUUGAUGAUACUGUUCAGGUGCGUGGACGAUUCCACUUCUUCCAGAGUUUCUCCCUCAAGUGUGAUUGGAUUCGUGUCUCUGUGUUGUAUUUGAGGAUCUUGUUUUUCCUCUUGUGUAUGUUGAGGCCUACUGAUGCAUAGGGCGCUGCUAUACUGGUUGCCUUGACCUGCGUUUGCUGGUGUGUAUGGGAUGGAAGGGCCAGGUUAUUUGUGAAGUCCGAAUCGUCUAUUUGCAUCCAAACUGUCUAUUGUAUUCCGUAAUGUAUACUAGUGAUAAAUUAAAUGAAUACUCAAGAAGGGAUAAGAACAUAUAUGUAGUUUUGGAGUUACUAGUGACCUGUUUCAAGUUUAGUGCUCGAGUUUUGAAUGAUAAUCGAUACCAGUGAAGUUAAAUCACGUUAGAAAUGAGAAAUUCUAUCUUUAAUAUCAACAAAUGAUCAGCAGGCUAGAUUGCAAAGUAAUGAGUGUUAGAGGUAUUGGCAAUUCUAAUCUAACUCAAGAUCAUAACUUUAUUGACAAUCAUUCGUAAACCAUCUAUGUUAUUGGACAGCAAUGUAUAUAUCUUCAAUAGCUUUUUAAUGAUAGAAGUGUUACUAAUGGAAGUGCAGUUUGUUCUCAUCACUUUUAAGAAACAUUGUAGUAACUUCACAUGAAACAUCAUUCUUUAUGUAAAAUUAUCUCAUCUGGAUUUAUAGGCCUGUCAACAGAAAGAAUCUGUGAUGAUUAGGAGUAUUUGAAUUAAGAUACAAACUAGGAAUCCUAGAAGUAACUCAAUUUAACCAACAAGAACGACAUAAGCACGACUGAAGAUAUCGUAUUGGGUAUUCGAAAUCAGUCAGUUAUCAAGUUUGUACAAACAUCGCAUCCGACAUAGCUCAUAUAGAGUCUAAGUUUUUGUAAUCGAUUGUACGUCCUAAUCAUGUGUCUGCCCAACAAUGUCAGUCAGUGGGAGAAUAGGCAGAGACGACGAAGAGGCAACGACGAGUGUCCCUAUCUUUCCGAGUCAUUACCGUUCCGUUUAGUCUGACAGUGCACGAGUGACUGUUUAGGAGAGAUAGGACUCAAUGCUAUACCUACACCAGCGAGACCACGGGAAACAGCAUGAGGGCAUUCAGAUACACGAAGUCGGCAGUACGACUUCGCCCUCAGACUUUGAGUUGCUGCUUUUAGUCCUACCGUUCUCAAAUUGACCUUCCUGACCUGAUAGAACCUACAGGAACAUAUGUUCCAGCCAGUAUAGCUUCGUUGGGUCAUCACGAUAGGCAAGCUCGACCACCACGUCAAGGUAGCAGCUGCGAUCGGGUGUCCGACAGUGUAUUGGAUGUAGACUCUGUAUUGUCUAGAAUGCAUGUCACUGGGUUCCAGUCUCACAGUGAACAUCAAUUCUGAGAUGCAGGUACAUCCAACCGACGAGUCCCAAAUAGAACGAAACGCGCUUUGUCCUGGAUUCCAUUGCUAGCUAUCGUUCAUCUUUACUUAUAGAGCUUGUGUCUUAAGGUAAAAUCGAGGUCUUACGCACAGUAUACACAUAUGCUAAUGAGAGACUGAUCAAUUGUCAUUCUAAACCUGA